UCUACUCUUUCCUGUCACCCACAGUCGCCUCGGGCGGGGAUCGGCACCCCAAGCGCAAAGCUGACGUGCCCCCCCAGUACUGGUCCCCCCAUCUCCCACCGCCCAGUCCCCGGCAGCGAUGAGACAGAGCGGCGCCUCCCAGCCCCUGCUGAUCAACAUGUACCUGCCAGAUCCCGUCGGAGAUGGUCUUUUUAAGGAAGGGAAGAGCCCGAGCUGGGGGCCACUGAGCCCCGCGGUGCAGAAAGGCAGCGGACAGAUCCAGUUGUGGCAGUUUCUACUGGAGCUGCUGGCAGACCGUGCAAACGCCGGCUGCAUUGCGUGGGAAGGCGGUCAUGGCGAGUUCAAGCUCACCGACCCCGACGAGGUGGCCCGACGCUGGGGCGAGCGCAAGAGCAAGCCCAACAUGAACUACGACAAGCUAAGCCGCGCACUCCGCUACUACUACGAUAAAAACAUCAUGAGCAAGGUGCACGGAAAGCGCUACGCCUAUCGCUUUGACUUCCAGGGCCUGGCGCAGGCUUGCCAGCCACCGCCCGCGCACGCCCACGCCGCCGCCGCAGCUGCAGCAGCAGCCGCUGCCGCCCAGGAUGGCGCACUCUACAAGCUCCCUGCUGGUCUGGCCCCGCUGCCGUUCCCCAGCCUCUCCAAACUCAACCUUAUGGCAGCCUCGGCCGGCGUCGCGCCCGCUGGCUUCUCCUACUGGCCCGGUCCGAACGCCACCGCCGCAGCUACCGCACUCUACCCCACCCCGGGCUUGCAGCCCCCACCCGGGCCAUUCGGCGCGGUGGCCGCCGCCUCGCACUUAGGGGGUCAUUAUCACUAGACGGGGCGGCCUGGUGAGCCAGGGCCUCUCCCAGACGUCCAGUGGCCAGUCCCACCCUCAUCCUGGGAGGAGCCCCGAAGCUUUCCCCGACGUUCCUUCAACACAGAUUUCAUUGAAGCAGCCGUGCCCAGCCCAGGGAAGAAAAGAUGGAAGCUUCUGAGGUCUUUCUAGAACACUAGGCUUCCAGCCCCCCAUUAUCUCCACCCCAGGAAGGGCAAUUUACCCCCACUUUAAUUUUUCUCUUUCAAGUCUCCAGAUUCUAAAACUCCCGUGGUGCCGCUUUCUCUUCUCACCUGCACCCCUGGCUCCCCCUCUACAACCCCUAUUUUUCUAGUUUCUUUCCUGAUUUUUUUUUUCUCUCUCUCCGACGACCUGCUCCAAACUCCUGUACCUCCAGGCUUCUCACACUCCUUCUUCCCGGGAUCUGAGAAGGCUUGGUAAACAUCUCUGCGGUCCCCCAUCCCCAGCCCAACACUGGCUUUCUUCUCUCCCACCCCCACACUCUGGCUCAAUGACCCAGCGUGUAGCUAACCCUUUCCUCCCCAUUAAAGCUCCCAAGCUCUCUACUGCCUCCUUUCUGUUCAUUGCUGUACCAGGGCCCUUUUCAGGGAGGCCAAAGACGUAAAAGGCUCAGCGUAGGCAGAGCAAAAGACCGCCAGAGAGUGACAGUAAGCAGGCCUGGGUGUCGGUGGCUGAUGGCCAGGGGUGAGGAGGAGCCGGUGGGUGGGAUCCUAAGAGGGUUGUCUCUCACCCUCGCCCCAUCCCACCCCAACUUUGAACCCAACGGCCACCCCACUCCACCUUUCUCCAUCUCACCCAUCUUUCUGCUAUCCCCUCACCUCAUUCCAACAGGCAACCCAUAGCCUCUCCCUUCACUCGCUCCCAACCUUCCAUCAGCCAUUCCAUUUUGCCCUUUUAAUACCCUUCCCCGCCCCCACUCCCUACUCCGUCCAAUUCUCUUAAUACCUUCUCUCACUUUCCUUCACAAAGUCCUGCUGCUCCCAGUAGCUUUGGCUCCCACCCUCCACCUUAGAUGUCUCUACUCUUUUCAAAGGAUUUCUCCCACUCGGUCUUGGCGACUAGUCCUCUUUUCCCGUUAGUGGUGCGCGCCCUCUGCUGGUCCGAGAGAGGGCAGGCCGGGCUACAGCUUAGUCUAGGAAUAGUCGGUGGCCCAUCAGGCGCUUCACCUACGGAGGACAAGAGGACCAGGUUGCCUCCGUAUUUCCUUUAGUUUUCAGCGUGAGGGGCAAAACGAGGAACCCAGACCCCCUCAUCCUGGAUCCGGCCUUGGGAAGUCUUGGAAAUGGGUCUGGUGGACCCACUCACUAUGCAGAGGCCCUUGUGACCCUUAUCUCUGAUCUCUCCUUUUCCAAACCUAUUGUCUGGGAAGUGACCUUAGACGUUCUCCUCAGAAGAAAAUAGCCCUAACCAGACUUCUAAGCCAAGAUCCCUGCCCUCUCUUCCCCGUGGCCCAGGUAUUACUUUCCACAAAGAUAGCUGUAUCUCUCUAGAACAAAGGGUCUUCUUCGUUUGAACGGAAAUGCCUUGGGCCUGUAUCAAGCAUGCAUGCAUGCAGGCAGGGAGGCAGGCAGGAGAUUUCCCCUUAAGGUGGAAGUUGGAGUAUGGGGUGAGUAUGAGUGAGCAUUCCUUUCCAGAUGGACCAUCCAGGUCCACUUCAGAAGGGAGUCCUUAUCCACUACUCUUUCCCCUCCAUUUCCAAAUAACACAUACUUCCCCUAGGGGAUCCAGUCAGGCUUGGAGGCACGUGCCUGUGAGCUCAACACUGAGGACGAAGAAGCAGAAGGGGGCAGAGUUUGAGGUCAGUCUGGGCUAAAAGCAAGACCCUGCCUCAAUAAGCAAAACAAUAAAAAAUCUUGAA